GUGGACACCGACGUAAACUAGCUAGCUAGCUAGCAAAGUCAUCUGAUGUCUAGCUAGACAACCGAUCCACAAACUAUAAAGUAUACGCAAUGUUCUUCUGAGAAAUAGAUUUGUUUACCAGUCGAUUCAAUAGCUGCACAGAGUGGCGGGGAUGCUGAAUGAAAAUGGGAAAUAUUUUUGCCAGAAAGAGACGCACGCGAGUCACAGAGCAGGACAGGGCAGUUUUGGUAAGUAGCAUAGCUACUGUAGCAAGUCAGUCUGCUAACAUAACUAGUUAACAACAUGUUCCAGUUUGCUGUCUACCCGGUUAGAUAGGGAACCAUUUCAUAAUGUAUACGUUAGGCCUAAAGUAAGUUAGCUAGGAGUGCGGGAUAGGGGCAGUCUGACAACCCAUACUAGCCAGGGCUAACAACACACUGUUCUGUACUGCAAAGCUAGACAGCAAACUGAAGCGAUUUAGUGUUGAAACAAGUGGUCUUCCAACAAUUGCAUUAAAAUGUCUGUCUUCUCAAUUCCAGCAACUGAAACAGCAGAGAGAUAAAUUAAAGCAGUACCAGAAGAGAAUCACCAUGCAGCUGGAGAAGGAGAGGAAUCUGGCCAAGCAGCUGUUGAACGAUGGCAAGAAAGAGUAAGGAGUUGCUUCUCACCAGAAAUGUUAUAUAAUGUGUGACUGCAUUGUUCAUUAAUAAGACCGGAUCUGCCUAAAGUGAAGGUUGUCACUUUAAAGCACUUGAGAUUGACAGCUGUCAUGCACAUAGACCAUAUAUAAAUAUACUCUGUUAACUACUAAAUUAGGACAUUAUAUUUGUUGUCAUUGUAUUGAAUCUUCUCAUAUUUCUGUAUUUUGUUUUCAAACAGGAAGGCCCUCCUCUUGCUCAAAAAGAAGAGAUACCAGGACCAGCUCCUGGACAAGACAGAAAACCAGAUAAGCAACCUGGAACACAUGGUAAAUACCUGACAUAUUUGUCAAACAUUCUCUCACUCACUAACUCACACCACCAGGAAUAGUAGAAAAUGGUAAUCGUGGGGUGUAUAGACUCAUUUCCCUGCCGCGUCAUUAGAAGUUGCGCGUGCAGUUCCUCAUCAGAAACCGUGUUGUUUACAUAUGUCGCGUUCAAAACAACUAGGAACUCGGAAAUCUCAGACUUCAGUGCGUUCAAGACAGCUGGGAACUCGGGGGGGAAAAAUCGAACUCCGACUGGGAAAAUUGUUUUGGAACGGUCAUCCAAAUUGGAAUCCCAAGUCGGGAACUCGGGCAACUUUCUAGAGCUCCGUCUUUCUGACCUGAAGAUCACUGACGUCAUGAUUUGACCUCGUUUUUCCCCCAGAGUUCCCAGUUGUCUUGAAAGCACCACUAGCAGUGCAUACGAUCACAUGCAACUUCAAAUGCGGCUCUUGCAAGUUAAACAAACACGUAAUCAGAUGGUUAUCGUCUACGACAUUGCAGAUGUCAUCAGAGCACAGGAGGUUGAUGGCACCUUAAUUGGGGAGGAAGGGUUUGUGGUAAUGGCAGGAGCGGAAUAGGUGAAAUGGUAUCAAAAACAUGGUUUGAUGCCAUUCCAUUCGCUCCGUUCCAGCCAUUAUUCUGAGCCGUCCUCCCCUCAGCAGCCUCCACUGCAUCAGAGGGUUGAUUACCUAGCAAGCCAGUGAGGCAAGGUGAAAUAUAACAAAUAGAGCUAGAUAAAGCCAGAAAAAGUAUAUAUGUGUUGAUCAUAGCUAUAGCCAUCAGUCUUGCGUGUUUUCAUGGUCAUCACUCACUCACUGUUAAGUUUGUCGAGGUCCCAACUCAAAAGUGAUGUUUGAUGGUAAACAGAAAAUGUCUCUUCAUUAGUCGGACACUGUUGCAAAAACAUUUUGCAACGGAAAACCUUUACUUAAAACGGGAAAUGCUUUGCAACAAAAACAAGAGUUUCUAUUGGUAAAUUUAGGUAGGUUCCUCCCCGUUUGCUUCCACUUGGUUCUGUUUGGUUUCUAGUAAAUACACCCCUGUACUCAACUAAUGCCUUCUGAUCUUGUUGUUUUCUUUAGUGUCAAGACAUUGAGUUUGCCCAGAUUGAGAUGAAGGUCAUUGAAGGCCUUAAAGUUGGAAACGACUGCCUGAAGUCAUUGCAUGAGGUACGCUAUGUGAGGGUAUCAGAGAGCUAUGUUUGAUCUCUAUGCAACUUCCCUAUGACCCGAUAAGUAGCAUACUGUAUGUCUAUCUUUUCCAUAAGCCAUCAGUAAGAUAAAUAGGUUGCUUACCUUCAGUGCAUCUGCAAUCCAAAUAAUAUAGCAUUCCGCAUGGAUAUGCCGUGAAUAAAACAUUGGCUUUCCUGUACUUACUGUUUGUUCUUUCGUAUCAGGCGAUGUCCAUCGAGGAUGUGGAGAGAAUUAUGGAUGAGACCCAAGAAGGCAUAGAAUACCAGAGGGUAAGGUCCCCACUGUUUGUUUUUACAGAAGCAUUGAUAUCUUAUUGAAAUUACUGUAUUUUGUUGAUAUUUAUUUGUACCUUUAUCUCUGUACAGGAAAUAGAUGAGAUGCUGGCAGGUUCCCUGACACAGGAGGACGAAGAUGCUGUUCUGGCUGAACUGGAGGCCAUCACUCAGGUCAGUCUGAAUGACUCAACAACACUGGCUGGCCACCAACUAUUGUCAUAGGACUCCGUUGACCUGAGGCAUGGCUGUAGACUCCUAACACACAGUUUGUCCUAUGGCAUCUAACCGUUGAACACAAGUUUGUGAUUUUAUCACACAGUGACUGACUAGCCUCAAAUCAACCCUUGUGUUCAACAGUUAAAGAUGCCUUAUCAGAGUCUACAGCCAUUUCUCAAGGCAAGGGACUGUGUCACUCUGGAUAGUAUCACUUCUCUGGUUCCUUACCUGAUUUCUCCCCGCCUUACAGCGACAGACGAGAGACAACACAUUCCCUUUCGAGAGUCUUGUUCUUUUUUGACUUCCCUUUCUGUCUGUUGUUUUUGUGUGUUUAGGGAGAGCUUGACCUACCAGAGGUACCUGACGAUUCCCUGCCUGACAUCCCGGAGGCAGCUGAGGAAGAACCAAAGCCAGGUCAAGGUAGGUCUCCUCAGAUGUGGCGUCAUACUGAAUUACAAAUAUUUGUGUCUUAUGUUGAGAGAAUGAUAUGAAUUCAGAUGUAGGUUAAACACUUCAGCAGUGGUAAUAGACAUUACAUGAGGACUAAAGUGUCAUUCAGAGUCUGUCUGGUUUUCUUCAUUUCAGAGAGGGAGAGGCCGAGGAAGAAGCAGGACAGAGAGAUGUUGGCUGUCUAGGGGUGUGUGUUCGCCAGGUGACUCUGUGGGUCUUGGUACGCUGGCCGCUAUAUCCCCCUCAUAGGGGUCUCAUGCCCCAACCACCACACCCACAGAAAUAUUAUCUUCACCAUCUCUUCCAGUCCCUCGCCUCCAAGACUGAAGUUCCUGGUGCCCUGCUAAGCCUUGGCCUUGUGAGCCCAACUACUGCUUUCUAGGCCUCCUCUGGAUUCAACUACCCAAUCACUCCAACCAUGGACAUGGACUUUAUUUUUCAGAUCAUUGCCUGCAGGUUCUCUCUUAUUUUUUGUUCAUGUUUAGGGCCUUUUUAGGCACAUAAUGAAGAAAUUAGUGGUUUGAUUGAGAUAAUAUUGUGCCUAAGUCCCGUGACAGGUGUGGUUUUUUUAAAUCUUCUGUGAACGGACAAAUGAUGUGAUUAACGGAGAAAUGAAUGCAUGUGUCACUUUUUAAUUUCUUUAUUACUUUUCAACCUUUUGUGGCUCAGGCCUACUAGCUGACCACAGAGCACAUUCUCUUUGGGAGGAAUAGACAUGUAGACUAUCUUUAAAAAUCAUUACUUUUGGGACGGUUUUCAUAAUCUUGCCUAGUCUUAGUUUAAAAUGUCUUGAUUCCUGCCAAACUGUUAAGAAUGGAUUUGACUUUUGGUUUCAACUUGUUGAUUUGGGACCGAAUCCUUAUAAUAGUACUGACCUAUUUGCUAAAGCCGCCAUUUCAUGUAUAUUCUAUAUUCUUCCUCGCUGUGCAACAGCUUAACUAAUCUAACGCUCCGGGUCCCCUUGGCUUGGGGAUUAGUUCAGUGUCAUUGGAGAAAGGAAGGGCUAAUUGUAUUGUCAGUGGGCUUGCUAACUUAACUCUGUAUCCCAGACCGACAACACCAGACAACGCUGAUGUUAUUAUGGGAUGCCUAGAAAUGACUAUGAAUUCAGUCCAAGACAACCUGACAGAGCCUGAUGUCCUAGCUAUCUAUCCAGUGAGUAUUAUGAUAUCAUAUUGGGUCUGUUUUUACUAUGAAGUGUGAUAUUGGGUUGUUAGCUAAAAUAUUUUACUUGCAUAUCAUGAUAUUGGGUUGUUAGCUGUCUGGAUUUGUAAUAUAUUACUGGCAUAUCAUAUCAUGAUAUUGGCCUGUUGGCUGUCUGCAUCUGUAAUAUUUUACUGGCAUAUCAUAUCAUGAUAUUGGCCUGUUGGCUGUCUGCA